AUAAGCCUAUUAUACUUACUUUGAUGCUGCGAGCCAAACAUUUGCUGUUAAUAUGACGUAACAGUGCAACAUUACCUCACCAAAACAUUCAGAUUUCUGUUACUGUAAAUUUGAGGGGCAAUGGCAUGAAACAAGGGCUACGUAAAGAGGAAGAGUUAGGCUGAAAAGAUGCAGAGAGGGAGAGGAUGCAGCUCCCACUGAAGUUUUUCGUGCUUGCUGGUGAGCGCGCGUGGAGCAGAGCGCGCGGAGAGCGCCCACGCAACACUUUCACGCGCCGCAAAGCUUUUUAAAUGCGACGCGUCCUCAAUCAGGAGCCGCUUUUUCUUUAAUAUGAACUGAAGUUAGAACAGUUUUAUAUAAAAUAAAAUAGAGACUGAAAAGACAUCACGCUCAUUUGGACUAUAAUGUGAUGACAUUUGUGCUAGAGCCGCAAAUUUCCAAUUCAAAGAAAGAAGACACAGGAUGAUCUACGCACUUCAUUAACGUCCAGGAUUGGAGUUAACAGAGACUGUGAUGCCCUCGACACAAAAACCGCAGAUUCAAAGGAUAAGGAACGUGACAGGGGCCUGACAAACUAUUCUUGAGUUGUAUUUGCUGUGGAUAUAUUCUACCACGAAUGUCAGUGCGAGGGCAGCAGAUAUUUGAAGACGAAACCUUAUGUCACCUCUCACUUUAGAAAUGUUCUUUUUCCAUGUUCUCAUUUCUUGAUUCUCUUUUGAGUGUUAUAUUUUCUCGUUUCAUCCUUGGAUAUGUUCCUGUGCAAGUGGGUUUUUCCAUGACUAGACAUCUUUUUUAAAGAUUCUCUUUUCUAUCACGUUCAUUAAGCCUCGAACUACAGGUUCCUCGAAGGAGGUUUAUGAAAAGGUAACACCACUUAUCAGGGACAAUUGCAUGUGUUUUGUUGAGGACCAAACUGGAUUUGGACUCUGAGGAAGAUCUCAAAGCAUCACCUAGCUUUUUUAAGCUUUUAAAGAAAUCAAAGUGAAUCAACAGGUCAUAAUUCAUCUCACUCUAAACCUCUUACUAUUAUAAUCCGUGUGCUUUGUGUAAUAAUUCAGUUACAGAUCUUCAAAGGUUUUUUUUUUUUUGAGCAAAAUGUCCUUUUCUUUUAAAAAACUGGGCUCUUGCUGUGCGACUGGAGAACUUGUUAAAACCAGACUGGAGAUGGAAACACGACUAUGACAGAAUGUCACUUCUGAAUUUUGAUAUCUAAUAUGAUUGAGAAAUGGACUUGUUCUGUGUUCCAGAAUUACAUUUGCUCAACAUCGUAUAUGAAGUAUUAGGAGCAUAUGUUGACCAGUUUUCAUAUUAAUUGCAUGUCUCUCUUGUGUCUUUAAACAUCUCACCAUUUAAAUAAGGAAAGCUGAAGAGGUCCCAAAGGGAAAGAUUGGUCUGUAUAUGCAUGCUGUUAUUUUCAUUCAUUUCAUAGAGAAUUUAAUGCAUGUUAAACAGUUCUUUACAGUUUCCCUUUAUAUGUUCUAAAGCCUGAGGCUUGUUUAUGUUUUUCCUUCAUGUUAUAUAAGGUCGACUUUCCUUCAUCCUUCUGCUCUGCCUAAGCUUCGCCUUUGUUUGUUUGUGCCUUUUAGUAGCUCACUUUCUUUGAAGUUGCUAUAUGUUACGCAUAGACCUAAAGCAGCACCGUUUUCCUCUGUCUGGUCUCUGCCCACCACCUAACCUUAGCAAAACUAUUGCUAAAUCUGAGAAACUGCAUUGAAACUGGAUUUUUUCUUUAUUUACUGCAUCUAACAACUUCAGAACUUUGCGUUCAGUAAAAUCGUCCAGGAAAACUGGUUUAUUUAUAGCUGACAGUUACAUACAGUGGAUGGAGUGCUCAAGUGGAGACUCGUUGAGAUGAUUUCUAAUGCGAUUGUGUUCCGUCUCUGGGCAGUGAUUGGCUGCCGGGAUUUGAAUGACAAUACGGACUCUUUCAGGCCAUAAUCCUUGCUGUGGAAUACAAUCUACAACUCAUAUUUUGGAUAUAUAUAUCGCUGCAUCCAUCGUUUUUAUCUACUGAACGCUUCAUUUUUCCCAGACAUUUUAUAGUCAGUCAAUAAUGGGGGCUGCUCGAGUGAAGCGGCGCUUCAGUGCGGUUGUGGACACCCCUCUGGACGAGGAGGAAGUCAUGAGGCUGGCGCAGAGUGAUGAUGUCACUUCCUCCCAGUCAGGCACACUUCCGUCGCCCAACUGCAAUGGCAAAGUGCUCACUCUUCACCAUAGCAAUGGAGGAAGGAGCGGAGAGAGGGAUGAGGAUGAUGAUGAUGUGGAUGAUGAUGAUGAUGAUGAUGAUGAAGAAGGGGGAGGGAGGAGGGGAGGAGGAGGAGGGCGUGGCUCGAUGCUCAGGGGGGAGUCUGGGGCAGAGAGGAGUAAGAGAAAGUCCUUGUCUUCCCUCUCGCCCUCGGCGCCCCACGAACGCCGCGGCCAGUCCCGCCGGCCCCGACGGCGCUUUGUAGGCAAGGACGGGCGCUGCAACGUCACCUUCGUCAACAUGAGCGAGAGGGGCCAGCGCUACCUCACCGACCUCUUCACCACCUGCGUGGACAUCCGCUGGCGCUGGAUGCUCGUGGUGUUUACUCUCUCCUUCUUGCUCUCCUGGCUUCUCUUUGGGUUCACGUUCUGGCUCAUCGCCGCCGCACACGGGGAUCUGGCAGCCCCGGCAUCAUCUUCCUCUUCUCCUUCGUCUGUUUCCUCCUCUGUGGCUCCUCUGGAACCCGUAGAGGAGUCCAGCCGGGUGGAGACGGUGGCAGAGACGGAGGAACGCUGCUUUCAGCAGGUGAACAGUUUCAUGGCGGCGUUCCUCUUCUCUCUGGAGACGCAGACGUCUAUAGGAUACGGCUUCCGGAGCGUUACCGAGGCCUGCCCCCUGGCGGUGCUGGCUGUCGUGUUGCAGUGCAUUGUGGGCUGCAUCAUCGACGCUUUCAUCAUUGGGGCGGUAAUGGCUAAGAUCGCCAAGCCCAAGAAGCGCAAUGAGACACUGGUGUUCUCGGAUGUGGCCGUGGUGGCCAUGAGGGACGGGAAACUCUGCAUGAUGUGGCGAGUGGGAAACCUGCGCAGGAGCCACCUGGUGGAGGCCCAUGUACGAGCACAGCUACUGAAGCCACGGGUGACCCCUGAGGGCGAGUUCCUGCCAUUGGACAAUGCAGACCUCAACGUGGGCUUUGACACAGGAACAGAUCGCAUCUUCUUGGUGUCACCAGUGACAAUUGUGCACGAAAUUGAUGAGGAGAGCCCUUUCUUUGAGGUGGACAAGCAUACACUAGAGGGAGACAAAGAGUUGGAAGUGGUGGUGAUUUUGGAGGGCAUGGUGGAGGCCACUGCCAUGACAACCCAAUGUCGCUCUUCAUACCUGGCCUCUGAGAUCCUCUGGGGUCACCGCUUUGAGCCUGUGCUCUUUGAAAGGAAGAAUUGCUACCAGGUGGACUACUCAUACUUCAACAGGACUUACGAGGUCCCGGACACGCCCACCUGCAGCGCUAAAGAGUUAACCGAGAAAAAGUACAUCCUGGGCUCCCGUUCCUCCUUCUGUUACGAGAACGAGGUGGCACUGCAGCUCUCCCCCUCUGUCCCUUCCUGCCCUGACCAAUUCUCUCCAUCCCCCUGUUCUUCCCCCUCUCCCUCACCCUCUUUCGUUCGGCCCACACCACCAUCUCGACAAGGCUCCUGCAGUGAGCACCCACACAUACACUGAGCCAUGCGGCUGGGAUGAAAGGGCACAGGGGAAAGCAGCGGUCAAAGAAAGAAAGAAAGGGAGAUAGAUAGAGAAAGAAAGGGAAAGGGUCAGGAUGGAGGGAGGAGCUGAAACCGGGGGUAGGGAGAAAGAGAGAGAACCAGCUAAUGGACAAAGGGCUGGAAAGACAGACUUGGACAGGGGACUAAGGCAAAGAGGACCAUAAAGGGACAAUGUAGGACUGAUUAAUGACAAUAGGUCAUGCUUAAGAUGGGCUGAGAAAAGACAGAAUACACAAAAGAUGGAGAAUAGAAAAGGGAACGGGGCCUCUCACCGCCUGGGAGAAGAGAUCGAAAGAGCAAGAUAGUGGGGUGAAUUUACUAAAAGGUUGCGCAGUGCAGUAUUUCUCCCUAACGCCCCGUAAUCCUGUUUUACCAGAAACUAUUAAAGUAUCUUUCAAAGCAAGUCAAUUCAGACGGCCAUCUUGGAAACAGUUAUUUUCAGUCAUACAAGUAUAGCUCCUAUCAAAUUGGGCAGUGAAACACUGAAAUCUCACAUUUCAAUAACAUUUUAAAUCAGGAAUGUAUUCAAAAAUGAAUGAUAUCAUUAAAAAACAUGAAUAAGAACUGUAUAUAGUAGACAUCAUUUGAAGUGGAUCAAAACCUUUCAUCAAAGUUGUCCUAAAACCAAAACAAUAUUCAUUCUUGUCUUAGGACAGCUGAUGAACUUUUUUGAUCCACUUCAAAUGUUGACUACUGUAUUUCAGGCUGGUCCAAGCAAAGGAGUGUUGCAGUGAUGACAUCAUUUUUGUAGGCCAACCUUGAAGUUAGCAUCAUUCUGGUUCCCUUGACAAAAAGCCAAUAGGACUUUUCCAUUUUUAUUUCAGAAAAUAAGCUCUGUGACUAACAAAAUGUAUGAUUCUUACAAGUUUGAAUACAACUAUAUGAACUUCGAAGCCUAAGCAUAUAAAUUCAUUUAUAAGCAUAUAAAUGAACAAUGUACCUCCAGCUCUUUCAUUUUUCAUUUAAAAUCUACAAGUUGGAAAGUUUGAUUUAGAAUAGUUUGCAAAAGCGUGAUUAGAAGCUGUGAAAUCAGACUGGUGAGUAGAUGAGUUUUUGACGUGAUGGCGUUUAAAGUGAAGUUUACAGUAUUUAGUAAACUGAUUUCCACUUUAAUAAAAAUAUACAUACAACAAACACGAUUAAUGUAAAUGGAUGUUUUUUAUAGCUUUUGGAGCAAGGGCACCACCAUCUUGCGAUACUACAGCAUGUGACAUCAUGGGGUUGGUUUACUCCGUUAGACAGUGAAGCAAUGUAAGCAUUUCUUUAGUUUCUGAACACACUUUUUUUUAAACGGAGGUAAACAAACUUGAAAGGACUGUUGAGCCUAAAACAAGUGCAAUUGCUUAUGCAUUUGAGCUGAUAAGGUGAGGGGACAGAGUAGGCUGUAACAAUUCCUCGAUUCAAUUCAACACCAUUUAAAAAAACAUCUUUGACUGCACGUGCAAAAUAUUGGAAGUGGCGCGUUUCCAUGGAUUAGAAUCCAUGAAACAUAUUAUUAGACCAUUUUCCAAGGCUGCAUGAUAUAUCAAACUCAUUUAAAAUCAUAAUAAAGCAUAAUCCUAUUGUGAAUUCACAAACGGUAUGAUUCAAGUAAAUAAAUAUAUGCAGGUUUAAUAUAUGUGCUUAAUUAUUUGCAAACUUUGUGUCUCAGAGCGUCUCUUAUUACAUAAAUGCUGCUCCACACAAACUGUUAUAAUUUACAUGUUUGAAGCGUUUCAAACACCAUCUCUGUGCACAGAACCAAUCAGUCACGUGAGUCAGUGUGUAAGUGCUGCAUCUCUUUUGUGCUGUCUUGUGCUAGAUUGGCUUAAAACACGUGAGAAUGAUAAACUUUCUUGAGAAAACAGCACUACUCCAAUCAUUCAGAUUAACAGAUUAACAGAAGUGUUGUUUGUUUACAUCACGUUGCACCUUAUAAAAAUGUUUGGGAUACCACAAUCAAAACUUCAUGAUGUAGACAGUUUAAUGUUGGAUAUUCAUCCAAAUUAUGGUAAAAACCAAAAACAUUUGUGUGUUAAAAUAACAUUUGUGUGUUACAUUAAUACAUUACAUUAAUUGUUACAUUAAUCGUGUUUGUUAUAUAUUAAAGGUAUUACUUAUAAAAUGUAUUUUACAGUUUGUUGUAUAACAGAGCAUGAAAAUAUCUCAAGCUUGUGUUAUUACACGUAUUUGACCAAAACCCCGCUUACUUAAGGAUGAUGGAACUAGAGGUUGACCGAUGUAUCGGUUUUGACGAUUAAUCGGCACUGAUAGUUGAUUGGCGGAACUAUCGGUUAUCUGCAAAAAUCCAUGCCGAUAUUUUUUUCCGGGUUGAAUUGAACGGAACGCGUCCAGUGUGUGUGAUACCGGAUAGCUGUGAGUUCAUCUAGAUGCGGCGCUGCACUUUUGCCCGUUGUGUAUCAUAUUUUUAGAUUUUGAUUAGAUAACCACAAAUGUUCUAGAAUACAAGUAGUUAAAUUGUGAAAGUACACAUUAUCCAUAUGUGUGCAAUGCUGUGGCCUUUGUGUAGAUAUUUAAAGAUGGCCAUCUUUAGCUUGAUUGUUGAUGUAAUGGUAGCACUUUACAAUGAGUCGAUUUGUAACAUUAAGAUUGAUAAAAGCUGUAGAAUAGAAGUAUUGUUCCUUGUUAGAGUGUGUUAAUUUUAGCAUUUACUGACAUAUUUUUAAAAAAAUUUUUGCUUUUGUUAACAUUAAUGAACAAUGAACUAACUGUAAUGAUCAAUAUAUAAUUAAUAUUAAUAUUUUUAUUCAUUUACAAAGUAUGGUUCAGUAGGCUAUUUUUUUUUUUUUAAAUAGUAAAGCACUAUUUAUUUUCCGUUUAGUAUCCAUUUUAAAAACUAUCGACUGAUUAAUCGGCAUCGGCCAGUGUGGUCCAACCUUGUUAUCGGUAUUGGUAAAAUCCAAUAUCGGUCGACCUCUAGAUGGAACCAGAAGUUCAAAAAUGCUAACCAGUUUCUGGGGUUUUAGGACUCAUACUGUGGCACUCCAUACACUUUUUAUACAGAGCAAAUUUUUACAAGACCAACCACAAGUGGCCCGUCUCUGAUACAAUCUUAACUAGUUUAGCGCUGUCCCGUAUUUAAAUGAACUCACUGACGCUUCAUUUAUUUUUAGUUAAUUCCCCCCCAAAAAGUAGAAGCUUUAGAGAAAUAGCUUCUGGGUGGAGUCAGAAAGGAGGAAGGUAAAGUUUGAGUCAGAGUGCAGGGGAAUGCACUAACAUGGGUGAUUCGGGUCAGUCACACUGAAAGGGGGUCAAAGACUUAAUGGCCAAAAACGGAUCGAACUGUGGGGGGAAAUUAAAGAGUGAGGGGGAAUAUAGAGGGAUUGAUAGAG